UUAAUACACAGACUUGUACUUUAUGAUGGGUUAUUUCUCACUCUGUUAAACUUAACACAUAAGAUACAGAACCAUGGAUCAACUUGGAAAAUAACAUAUUACUUUUUUUACUCCACAGGAUUUUUGAUAUGGGAAAAAAAAAAGCCAGAAUAUCUACAAGACACCUGGAUCGAAUUUUUUAGCAAGUUUUUUAGUCGAUUGUGUGGGGAUGCAGGCAACAAUCAGAACUCUGUUGCCCCGGAUACUGUUUAUCACACUGUAGGGGAUGUUCAGGUCACCAACCUUGGAGCUUCAAGGGUUUUCUCUGGGGUUGCCAUGGAUACAGUUUACAGCACUGUAGGAGAGAAGUCUUCUAGAGAUUAUUCCAUGAAUCAGAAUAAUAACAAUCAGCCCACUAACACAGUGGGCGAGUCUAAAACAGAUGGCAGCGCUGCACCAGUGGGCGAGGAUGAGUCCAAAACGGAUGGCAGCGCUGCACCAGUGGGCGAGGAUGGGUCUAAAACGGAUGGCAGCGCUGCACCAGUGGGCGAGGAUGAGUCCAAAACGGAUGGCAGUACUGCACCAGUGGGCGAGGAUGAGUCCAAAACGGAUGGCAGCGCUGCACCAGUGGGCGAGGAUGAGUCCAAAACGGAUGGCAGCGCUGCACCAGUGGGCGAGGAUGAGUCUAAAACGGAUGGCAGUACUGCAUCAGUGGGCGAGGAUGAGUCUAAAACGGAUGGCAGCGCUGCACCAGGGGGUGACCUAAACGCAGCUGAAAAAGGAGAGGCAAAUGGAGAGGUGUCCAUGCUGCUGAACGAAGACACGGUGAAGUACGACAAUGGAAAGGGGGCAGCAGAAGAGAAUUCAGCAUUGUAGGACGACAGGGAACUGUGGACCACAGGUACACAGAGGAUCAUGAAGACGAGAACCCACCGUCUCAUCCGGGUUACCAGCACUGGACGACAAGGCAUUCUAACGUUCAGAGAAUAUUUCCAUAGCAAUAGACUGGUUGGUGUUCGGUGAAACUGAGGUCCAUUUAUAACAUCACUGGUCCUUUCUAAACAAGUGUGCUUUCUAAAAACAAGGAGUGGGAAAUGUGUAGCAAUAGUUUGACCCCUAGAAGACCUUUUUGAAAUUGAGAAAGUAUAAAAAUGCACAACCCCAACAAAGCGAAGCACCUUUAAAGCAUCAUAUUAAAGCUUUGAUUAGAAGUGAAACAGCAACAAAUCAUAAACCAACACAAAAUUGGAUGCAAUACGGCUUUCUGUAUCGGAUGUAACCAGCAAUCAAACUAAUAGUCAAUAUCGUCAGUAGUCCAAAGGUCAAAGUCAAAAAGAAAUUCAGUUCAACCAAAAAUGUCCUUUAAAUCCAGGAUUCCCAAUAUUCAAUUCAGUACUUUCCCAAAAAAGGUAAAGCCACAAAAAAUAUAAAUUAUAUUCCAAUUGUAAGAGCAGGAGAGUCGAUCAACAAUUCACAUUCAAUCAGAUACACUCAUCACUCCGUGGUGUUGAAUAGAAGUCCUUAAAUCCAGUAAUUUCCCUUUUGAUGGCAAAUAAUUCAGUGGAACAGGUUUAAACUACACCAUUACGGAGCAAUUUUACUUGCAAAGUUUUCAAAAAAGCAUUUCCUCUUUGUUCUUUUUGUUCUUUUUUUUUGCUCUUCCCUUUCCUACACACAUGACCACAUACUUAAAUUGACAGGUAUCAUUUCUGGCCAAUCAACAGAAUAUCCACUCUGUGGCACUUAAAUCAGGGCAAGGAAAACAUGCAUGACCAUUCAUUCUGUUUCGUAUCACAUUUAAUGUGGCAACGUUACACGCGUUAGUUUAUUUUAAUCUCGUUUAGUAAGUAAUGUCCAAAGCUGCCACUUCUACUCUGCAUAUUUCCCAGCUUCCACCUGUCCUCUCUUCUAUUUCAUAACAAAAUGAUUGCUAGCAAGUGUUAUGGACAUGUCAAGAUAAAGCAGAGGAAUGCCCAUGCCCUGUAGAUACCUUAGGCCUACUGUAUUUUAACUGAAUUAUUUGCAUGAUUAUAUUGACAUGAUAAUUUCCCCCUGUUGUACAUUAAUCCUAGUGUAUGAGUGGUGUGUGUUAUGUAUGUAAGUAUUUUGUAUAAAAGCCUUUAUAUAUUUUGCAAUAAACAUUCAGGCCAAAUAUA